UGAACCACGGUCGUACCAUAAAAUACCAUACCACAGACGGAUCCGGUAUGACUUCCGGUACGGUUUCCUUUACCAUGGUUGUUGGGUAGAUCGAUUGAUAUAAAAAACGAAAGGCAAAAGGUGUUGGGGGUAUUGUGAACAAAGCCCAAUGGGCGACAGCGUGGGCUCACAAACAGCCCAAAUGGGGGGCAAGGCCCAAGCAAAAGGGAGGGGACAUAAGGACAAGACACUAGAAGCCAAAGAGGGCCAGACUGUCAUGUGGUCCAGCGUCUGCGGGCGCCUGUCACGUGCCAGGAGUCUGACAAGGUGGUUGGGAUGUCUGACCAGAAAGGGACAAAGCAUUAAAUGAAGGCAGGGAAGUAGAGAAGAUCAACCUCGAACUCUGGUGAGUAUAAAUAGGGGCAGUUGGUAGCAUUUACCGGGGGGGGGGGGGGGGGGGGUCUCUUUCUCUCUAAACCCUAGUUGAGACACUUCUCUCUGAAAAGAAACUAACUUGGUCGUCGGAGGAUUAACGGGCCCAGGCGCCCCCUCCUUGUUCGUGUGUGCAGAGUGGCGCCUAGUGAGAAGGGAUUCCAGAGGACCGUACGAGGGUAGCGUGUCACAAACAAUUGGCGCGCCAGGUAGGGGAAUAUAGCCAGCAGUCAUGAGUGAAGAGGCGCCGAUGAGUGAAGAAAGGGAAGAAAUCACGGAGGAACAAUCGGAGCGAAUGAGAGGGCAGACGCUCGAGAUGGAAGAGGGUGAGGAAAAUGAGGGCGUGUUUCGGGGAUCCAAGGGCGCCUCGGUCACUAAAAAAGAAUUGUUCCGGAUCAUCGAAGAUCAGGACGAGGCAAUCGAGGCGUUGCGGCGGGAAGUGGACGCCCUAAAGAGGAGUGAAGGGAUGACGCCCAGCCCGACAAAAAAAAGGGAAAGGAUGGAGGAGACGGAGAGCGAAUCAGGGUGUCUGAGGCGCCCCAGCCUAUGGCGCCAAUGCGAUCAUGCGGCGCCGGACGCCAAUGGGUGGAACGGAGGAAUCUAGGGACACCUAUCACGCCAUUGCCCCGUGAGGCAGCCUCUGGCACGUUGCAUACAAUCGGAGCCCGCAGGAACAAACAUUCCCCCACUAC